UGGUGCACCUGACUGGCUGCCGGAGUGUAAGCGACGUGUUUACCUUGUGCUGUGAGGCACCCGCCGCUGACACGACUCCCACCAGUUUUCUCCUUCAAAACAUGACUAUGUCUCGUCUCAGUCCAGCAGACCCCAAUUCCUACUCUAGACCUGAUCAGGUUGUGGUGUCUUCAAUUCACCUAAAUUGGGAUGUAGAUUUUCCAAGCAAGAUUAUCUCAGGCACAGCCACGCUCACUGUUGAUCGUAAACAGGAUGAUGCUGUGCAUUUGAUUCUUGAUACUCGGGACUUAACAAUUAAGAGCGUGAAGGAUGAGGAAACCGGGCAGGUUUUGCAGUAUACUCUUGGAGAACCCCAUCCCAAUUUUGGAUCUGAGCUGAAAAUUGCUCUUUCUUCAGAUGCAAAGAAACAGUUGAAGGUUCAAAUAGAGUAUGAAACUUCAGCAAGUAGCUCUGCCCUACAAUGGCUGGCCCCAGAGCAAACAGCUGGGAAACAACAUCCAUAUGUGUUCUCCCAGUGUCAGGCCAUCCACUGUCGCUCCUUGGUUCCUUGUCAGGAUACACCAACAGUAAAAAUGCCUUACACUGCAGAGGUUAGUGCCCCUUCUGAGCUGGUGGUGCUCAUGAGUGCACUGAGAGAGGGUCAGCAGGAGAAAGGAAAUCGUAAGGUUUUCAGGUUUCGACAGCCAGUGCCAAUGCCUUCAUACUUAAUAGCAAUAGCAGUGGGAGCGCUAGAGAGUAGGAAGAUUGGACCACGCUCUCUGGUAUGGUCUGAGAAGGAGCUCGUCGAGAAAGCAGAAUAUGAGUUUUCUGAGACAGAGACAAUGCUGAAAACUGCAGAAGAGCUGUGUGGGGACUAUGUUUGGGGACAGUAUGACCUGCUCAUCCUACCUCCAAGUUUUCCUUAUGGUGGAAUGGAGAACCCAUGUCUGACAUUUGUUACACCCACUCUCCUGGCAGGCGACCGUUCACUGGCAGAUGUCAUUGCUCAUGAAAUUACGCAUAGCUGGACAGGCAAUCUCGUGACAAAUUCGAACUGGCAGGACUUCUGGCUCAAUGAAGGCUUUACCAAGUUCAUUGAGAGAAAAAUUAUUGGAAGACUGCAUGGGGAAAAAACAAGACCUUUUUCUGCCCUUGGAGGAUGGAAGGAUCUAGCAGAAUGUAUUCGCACAAGAGGCGAGAAAGACUCACUGACUUGCCUUGUACCAGACUUGACUGGGGUAGAUCCAGAUGAUGCCUUUUCUAUUGUACCUUACGAGAAAGGGCACACAUUACUCUGGUACCUGGAAACACUGGUGGGAGGACCAGAUGAGUUUGAGCCCUUCUUAAAGGCAUACCUGGAUAAGUUCAAGUAUCAGUCAAUUACCUCAGACACUUUCCGCAGUUUCCUUUUUGAGUUCUUUGUGGACAAGAAAAAGGUGUUUGAUGCUGUAGACUGGCAGGCUUGGUGGCACACCCCUGGCAUGCCUCCUGUUAAACCUGAGUUUGAUGACUCCUUGGCUGUGGCAUGCAAAGAUCUCUGCAAACGAUGGGUCGAGUGGGACAUAACAAAAGACUGCCCCUUCCGUAAAGAAGAUCUCAACAAUAUGUCUGCCAAUCAGAUACGAGAGUGGCUAGCUCAAAUGUUGGAGGAAGAACCAAUGCCAGUGAGAAAGCUUGAAAAGAUGGACGAGUUGUACAGCAUGUCCUCCCGCAAUAACUCGGAAAUCAAAUUUCGAUGGUUGCGCCUGGGGCUCAAAGCUCAUUGGAAUGACCAAGCUGACGAAGCACUCAAGUUUGUCACUGAACAAGGGCGCAUGAAGUUUUUACGACCCAUAUACAGAGACCUGUACGAGUGGAAGGAUAUGCGGAAACAAGCUGUCUCUACUUACGAAGCCAACAAGAGUUCAAUGAUGCACGUUGCUGCCUAUGUUGUUGCCAAAGAUCUUCAUCUGAAUGAGUAGUCGCAGGUUUAUCAUCUAGUAGAAAAGAUUUUUGCAUGUGGAAAGUGUUUUUAUAUUUGGGAUAAAAUGUCUGAAAUUGUAGUCGUUAUAUUUUGAAAACGUUUUUAAAUACAAUUCUACAUUAUGGAGUACGUGCAGACAAAACUUGUAUACUGUAUUUCUCUUUCUUGUUGAUCUAGUAGUUUUUAGUCAAUCCUUUUUAUUUUAUUCACAGAGAUGGAAAAUUUUAUUUACCCUGACUUGAAUAGAGUGAAUACCAUUCCUGUUAACCCUUUGAGGGUUUUCGUCGUACUAGUACGUCUUACGCGUAGGGGUUUUUGACGUACUAGUACUCAUAAAUUCUAGCGACCUCAAAUCUAGUGGGAGAAAGCUGGUAGGCCUUCAUAUGAAAGAAUGGGUCUAUGUGGUCAGUGUGCACAGUCUAAAAAAAAUCCUGCAGCACACGGUGCAUAAUGAGAAAAAAAAAACUUUUUCCAUUUUUUUUUAAUAAAUCAGCGACUUUGCAGUGUAUUUUCGUAUAGUAUUUAUUGUUGUAUUCUAGUUUUCUUGGUCUCAUUUUAUAGAAUGGAAGACAUAUUACUGAAAUUGAGAUGAUUUUGACUGGUUUUACAAUGAAAGGUGCCUUGAAAUUGAGCUCAAAGUAGCAGAAAUGUUCGAUUUUUACCAAACUUCAAAAGUAAACAAAUCGUGCCAAGCGUGCAAUACACGUCAACUGGUGAGUCUAAUAUUCUUUCACAAGUGCACCAAUAAU